AUGCAAAUUGGAGAAAUUAUCACUUAUAUAUUGGGAGCCUUCUCUAUUGUUUUAAUCAUUGCCACAAUGUUUUAUUAUCGAUACUGCAAAAUAUGGAAAUUAUUAUUUACACUUGUAAAUUGCUCAUUUGACUUUUUUAAACAAAGUAUGCAAUUUAAAUUAUUUUCUAUUUAA